AUGGUCAUUCGUAAAGGGUUUUACGAGACCAAACAUGUUGAACACAAAGGCCAGGUGGAUUUGGUGACUGAGACUGAUAAAGGAUGUGAAGAACUUGUGUUUAAUCAUCUCAAACAGCUUUUUCCCAAUCACAAGUUCAUAGGAGAAGAAACUACUGCUGCAAAUGGUGUUACAAAAUUAACAGACGAACCAACUUGGAUUGUUGAUCCUCUUGAUGGAACUACAAAUUUCGUUCACGGGUUCCCUUUUGUGUGUGUUUCCAUUGGCCUUACGAUUGCGAAAGUCCCCGUGGUUGGAGUCGUUUAUAAUCCUAUUAUGGAUGAGCUAUUCACGGGUGUCCAAGGGAAAGGAGCCUUCUUGAAUGGAAAACCAAUUAAAGUGUCAACUCAGAGCGAACUUGUAACAGCUUUGCUCGUAACAGAGGCGGGUACUAAACGAGAUAAAGCUACAUUAGAUGAUACAACCAACAGAAUCAACAGUUUGUUAACUAAGGUGAGGUCACUUAGGAUGAGCGGCUCAUGCGCACUGGACCUCUGUGGUGUCGCAUGUGGAAGAGUUGAUAUCUUCUAUGAACUCGGUUUCGGUGGUCCAUGGGACAUUGCAGCAGGAAUUGUGAUCGUUAGAGAAGCUGGUGGACUCAUUUUUGAUCCCUCCGGUAAAGAUUUGGACAUCACAUCGCAAAGAAUCGCGGCUUCAAACGCUUCUCUCAAGGAGUUGUUCGUGGAGGCGUUGCGGGUUACAAAGGCAUGA